UGGUAGUGCUGGCUCGGCGUUAUCCACUUCUCAGUGCCGUCUUUGAUGCGGGGGAACUGCAGUGGGGGAUAGGCGUCGACCUGGAAAGCUGGCGAUGAUGACAGAGACGGGUGUCAGGAUGCUCUGUACUAUACCGUUUAUGGGACUUUAGCUAGGACUAAUUAGCGGAGACGCUCAAAAAUUGUUAGGCCACAGGGAGGAGAGGAGACCUCCUCAGGCUCGUGAGUUGUGAACACCCGCCUCUAGCAGACUUGAGCGAGGAAUCCGAACCGUGCCCCACAUCAACACUCCAAGGUCCACCGUCUCUUCUCAAUGAACGCACGAGACGCAACAGAAGGCCUGCCGCCCCUGGGCUUCAUCUCGGUGGACGUGCACUUCCCGCGUCCGCCGGGUGACCCGUUUAACCCGCACUCAUGGCCCUUCCCGCUGAUCCACGAGCGCGCCGAGGGCUCGACCGAGUCGCAGAUCGUUACGGGCGGAAAGUACGAUGACGCCCUGAUCGACCGCUUCGUCGACGCUGGGAUGAGGUUAGCCGAGAGGGGUUGCGUGGGCAUCAUCACCAGCUGCGGGUUCGUGGUCGUGGCGCAGGAUGAAAUCUCCUCCCGGCUGCCCAUCCCUGUGUCGACAUCUUCCCUCCUCCAGCUCCCCUCGCUCCUUUCCCUCCUCCCACCCCACAAGACCAUUGGCAUCCUGACAUACGACUCCGCCCGCCUGGGGCCCCUACACCUCCAACAGCUAGGCAUCGACACGAAACGGCGCGAGAUUCCCAUCCGCGGGGCCCCCACCGAGGGACACCUCCGGACGAUGAUUCAGCGAGGCGGCGCCUACGUGCACGCGGACAUCGAGGCGGAGCUGGUGGAGAUGGCGACGGGGCUGGCCGGGGAGUACAAUGGCCGGGACGACGACGACGGUGGUGAUCCGCGGGGGCGGCGGCCCGAGAUUGCUGCGCUGCUGCUCGAGUGCACGCAGAUGCCGCCGUUUGCCGAGGCUAUCCAGAGGGCGACGGGGUUGCCCGUGUACGAUGUGUACACCAUGGGUAUGUGGUUCUACUCCGGGCUGGUGAGCAGGACGCCGCAGAGGUGGAGACUGGAGAGCUCGUGAGAUGGG